UGCAACAAUUGAUAAAUGUCUGAGCUAUAUCACAUGUAAAAUUCAAAUCAAUAUUCAGAAAUCUAUGCUGAAAUACCAGUUAAAGCAACGCUGUUUAUUUUCAUAAAUCCAUCCAUACGCGUGUUUGUUUGUGUUUGUGCAAGUGUCGACAAAGUGCAUGUGCACGGAAAUAAAAAAGCAACAUAAAACGGCUAAAGAAAAAAGUAAAUACGGCUUAUUUUAAUUGUGCAUAAAUAAAAGGCAUUAUUACUUAAGAAAAACAACGCAAGUUGAGUUAAAAGCGCUCUUUUAAAAAUAAAAUUUACAUAUGCAGAAAAACCGACAGAAAUUGCAGCUCGAGUGUGCAAGUGUGUGUCUGUGUAUGUGCGGGGCGACAAAUUUGCUCUCUAUGUGUGCGAGUGAAAAGAGAGCAUAAAAACGAAGAAGCAAAACCUGCGUUUGUGUGUGUUUGGCUUUGCAUUUGAUUUUGCUUUUGAAUUGCUGCGUUUGCCACCCCGAAGUACAAAUUCCAAUUUGAAUAGAAUUGCGCAUGCGUUGCUGACUUUUUCUUUUUAACGCUAUUAAAAUGGAUUAAAAUCAUUCAGUGAAACAAACAAGUACAACUACAACAAGUAAAUAAAAGCUUUGGCUCGGCACAGAAAGUGAAUUGAAGAAAGGACAUUGGCCAAACAGCAAUCUGCAGUGAGUGUAACUGCGAAUAGAUUGGCAUCUUUCUUUUCAUAACCGAAAUUUGUUUUUAUGCUAAAACAACACGAACCCCUUAAUUUUUGCAUAUUGGCAACGGAAAGGAAAAAUUGCUGGCUAGACAGGAACUGGGAUUAAGCUACGCCCAUAAAGGUCAUGCCCACAACAUUCAAAGAGCGGAACGGAACGGAAAGCGAGCGAAACAUGGCAAACAUGCAAAUGAGCGCAUAAAGCUACGAACGAGCGAAUUUUGAAGCAAAUUAAUUAAACACAUGGAAAUCGGAACCAAAAACAUUUAAUGCCACAACUAUGGAAGCGGCCACAGCCACAGCCACAAUGAUGAGCAGACAUGAUGAUGAGAAUGAUGAAAUGGAAACUGCAGCUAAAGUUGUAAUUGAAAUCGAAGCAGACAUGAGAGACAUGACAGAGACUACUGCAGGUUUGUCAUUUAGCAACCAAGAGACUGAACAAGCGGCCAUGAUGAAGCUGAAGUGCCCCAGCACCAGCUCCGAUAACACAACCAUAACAACAACAGAGACUACAACGAAUUAUUUGUUGCGCCUGGAGGAUGUUGCAGCAUUUGCUGUGCCAUCGACACCGCCAGCACGCAUUACAGCCAAAUCGGCUGGCAACAGUCGCAGCAGCUCGCUGAGGAAGCAGCGUCGUUGUGCUGCCGGCGAGGUGCCACAAAUGGUGGCAAGCUCACAAUCGAUGACCGCCUUGCCAGCUGAUGAAUUGCAACAGGAGCGGCGUGACAUCAUUCAGGCCAAGAUGCAUCUGGAGCGGCCCUACAACAGCCUCAAGAAAAAUUCACAAAGCGGCAGCAGCAGCAGCGGCGGCGGCACCAACAACAACAACAAAAUGCAUCGAUACUCUUGGGGCAGCCACAGCAGCUCCACGAGUUUGCACAGCAGCGCCACUUUGGGCAAAGACGACCUCUGGGCGGCCAUACAAACAAACUACAACUAUAUCAUGGACACGAACCUGCUCGAUACUUGCAAAGAGGCAAGGUUUGAAAUCGAGGAAGCGCAGCCAACUACGCGCGAGUCCAAGUUUCCGGGCAGCCAACUUCAUAUUUUGGAUGAAACACAGCGUCAGGAAGGCCUGUGCGAGGAUCCAAAGGAACUGAGACGCUGGCUGCGCGAUAUGGAAAACAAAUUGGAGAGUUCACCGACUAUAUCGGAGUUGACACUAUAUUGUAAUUCGGAGUUGCAGCGUCACUUGGCAGUUCACUCGGUGUUGUACCAUGAAAUCGUAUCACACGCUCGAGUUGUAAGCGCCUGCAUUCGUGCCGCUUCCGAAAGGGAAAGGGAGCAACAACAGCAACCCGCCUCGCUCAACAGCAAUUGCUCCAGCGAAUCGACCAGCGAGUCGGCGGCCACCAAAUCGCAUAGUCUAAGCAGCGGCUUUGCCUCCGAUGCGCCCGCAUUGAGCCAGCCCAGCUCAAGCCAAGCGGCGCUCAAUCCCAGAAAAGCUGAAGCCAAUUUGGAGCGACUGCGCGAUCGCUAUCAUCUGCUCUAUCUCAAGGCCUUUGAGCUGCAGCUCUGCCUGGACAAUUUACUGCGCAAACGCAGCUCCACAGCGCACGGCUUGGAUGACGAAGACGAUACGGAAGACGAUUCAUUUGGCUGCGAGGGCGAAGGCGACGCUGCCACUGAAGACGAUCUAAACGAAGUCGUCUCCGACUUGGAAUUGGAGUGCGAGAGUCACAAUUCUACUGAGCAGCAGCAGCAGCUGUUGCUGCAACGUUUUCAACUAACAGCCACUGAGAUUGUUUCCGCCAACGUUUCGUCCGAGGAUCAGUCACGCGAUUGUAUCGCAACCCAAAAGCCUGGUGACGAGGCCGACGAGGAGCUUGAAGAAGACGAAGACGUUGUUGACUUUGUCAUUGCCAAACGCGCCUGGCGCAGCAACAACAGCAACUCAGUUGCUGCCACGCUCACCGACUUCGAGGCCGACUCUGAGAGCAGCGAUCUGGAGCAAGUGCAGCAGCUGCAGCAGCGUCGUGUUGCCAAUCAGCGACGUGUGGCACUGCCCUGCAUUGUGCAGCAGCAACAGCAACGUCAUCAUUUAACUGCUGCUGCCGCUGCGUGUCAUGUAGAGAUGUCGCAGACAAAUAGCAGCUCCACGCCCAAUUUGUCGCUGCUGCAGACGCGACACGGCAACAAGAUGUUGCCGCCAAGCAGCGGCAAGCCAAAGAGCAUUGCUGUUGCCGUCAUUACGCCCAACAACUCGCAUGGCAACAACAACAACAGCAGCAGCAAUCAGUGCUUGGGCUUGGGUCAUGCGCACGAGCUUAGCAAAUCGCCAACGGUGCUGGGGAAAUCGGCAACGCAUCGCAGUCACAAUGACACCUCCAAGUUCAAUCGCUCCAAUCGCAAGUCCAAGAACUGCGCCAUCUUCUAUUUCAAGCAUCUGGAUACGGAUAAUGAGACGAGCGGUGCGGGCAGCACUGAUGCGGCUGGGGAGGGGGAAUUUGCCGCACCAGCUAGCGAUAUACUCAAAUCGGCUGAUGCCUCCACGGAUGACGACGACGAGGGUUGGCUCUAUACAGCAACAACUACAACAGUUGAUGGUCUGCAGUCGGCUGCCAUUUCUUCAACAACCUCUGGCGCCGCAGUGUCCACAACAGCAGCAGCAGCAGGCACCGACGAUUCGGAUAAGGAGAACAAGGAGUCGACACUGCUGCUGACCGCAGCGACAGCAACCACCAUCAGCAGCAGCAACUACGACAGCAGCAGCGCCUGCUCCUCAUCCAAUUCGAACGGCGUCUGCACAGAGACCUCGGUCUCGGUUACUUCGCGGGUUACACAAAUGCAGCGCAGCAGUGUUGUCGUCGACAUGGACUCGCAAUUGCAAAUCAAUGGCAGCGCCAGUGAUGGCAGCAACAGUCACUUGAGCAACAACACAAGACACAUCAUUAGCAACAAUUGUUACAAACAACUGCAAAGCGGCGACGGCGACAACAACAACAGUGAGCAGCAUCAGCAGAAUAACCAUAAUCACAAGCAGCAACAGCAGCAACAGUCGCGCUUUGACUCUAAACAGCAAUUGCAAUUGGGCGCUGAUGCGGAGAACGCUGAUGAGGCAAAUGGAAAUGCAAAUGCAGCACAGCUGCACAACAAUUUCUACACUCGCGCGGAUAUCUGCAACAUCAGCGUCUGGCCCACUGAGAUGUGCAACAACAACAAUAACAACAACAACAACAACAAUAUUAUUAUUGGCCAACAGAAUGGCAAUCGCUUGCCACCACGCUCGCCAGCCAAGUCCAGCAAGUCGGCCAAGUCGCUGGCCAGCAGCAGCAAUGCGACAAUGUCGCCAACUAAGGGCAAGGUCCCGCAUGAUUCAAUCAAGCAGCUGGUGCUCGAAGCGGAGCAUUUAGUGCGCGACGCUCAAGAGGCAGCGUUGAAAACGCCGCUGAAGCAGAAACAUUCCAUCAUCAAGAUUUCCUCGACGGUCAAGAAGCGCGACAUUAAUAUGCCCGGUCCCAUUAAGCAGCGCGUCGAGCAAUGGCUGGAGCAUCAGCCCUCAACGCCACAGCUGCUGCGUUUGGAGGCGCCGCAUAAGCCGGAUGAUUGCGAAGCUUCGGGAGAGGCUUCCGAAACGGAUUCCAUGCCACAGCCAGGCGGCAACAUCUGCGGCGGCAACUCGGACUCUUCGGAGGGCUUCACCGACUCCAUUGCCACUUGCAUGCAAACGAGCACCAACUCGUAUGGCAACUCCACGGAGCGCAUUGGCGGCUCCGCUGAGCCCAUUGCACAGCCAGCUACGCCGCUGGGCUAUGGCAGCAGCAAUCAAAGCCUGAAUGCCAAGAUUGUCAAACGCACGCAGACGCGUCGCAAAUCGGAGCGUCCCUGGUCUGUCUCCUGUCUAUCGCAGCUGACCACAGACGCCGCUCAGCUGACCACCACCAUUGUGGAGAGCUCACCGCCCGGCUUGGCCAGUCAUUCGAUUAGUGAAAGCGCCUUGGACUCGCUCUCGCCCGGACCACGAGCACGCGCCUCCUCUUCCGGCACUGGCAGCAACACGGCACGCAAAUCCGACAGCAAGGGCUCGCUGCGUCGUCGUCGCGCACGCAAGAAGCGCGUCUCGGCUGCCUCGGCGGGCAAGAAGUCCGACUCGGGCUCCGAGUCACAUGGCGAUCUAACACAGACGCUAAUGAAAUCAUGCGAAUCGAUGUCCUCGCAGCAGCUGCAGGAGUUCACCAAUGCUCUGCUUAGCAUUCAAAAGGGCGCAGCGCCGCUCAGUCCCAAAGCAGAGGGACUCAUCGCAGAGGGUGAAGCAGAAUCCCAGCUCAUGGUGCCCAAGUUCCGUGUGGGCUCAUUCACCACGGCGGCUCUGAUGGCCAGCGAGAUACGCUUGGGUGCGCUGGCAGCGCUCUCCAAUUAUGCGCACGAGGAUGAGCAGCAAGCAGCACGCACGCCCGUACCGAGGCCAAAAGAACUGAGCACUGAGGAGCAUCACAGCAGCAUUUCGGAAACCGCUUGGGACAACUAUCAAGAGAAAUACAACUCGGAGAACUAUUCCGAGGGCUUUGAUUCAGACGCAGCGCGUCGUCUGUUGGAAUUCGGCGACGACUAUCGCAAUUUCAUUGAUUCGCAGUCCGACUGCUGCAGCUCGCUGUCGGCAGCGAAUAAUCUGGACUCGUUCUCGCCACCGCGCAUGGACUCACUGCAGCAGCACGAGCUAAAGGCGCUGCACAUAACACAGGAGACCAUCACCAGCAGUGUGGAUCACACCAGACGUCAAAGGGCGCUGGAGUUGCAAUACGAGCGACGCCGCAAGACGCUUGAGGUGCGACGCAAGUCGUUUCAAGAUAUGGAGCAGCAGCAAACUGCAGCGAAUGCAACACUGUCCGCUUCAGCUACAGCGCUGAUGACGCCGAAGCAACAAGGCGUGCAAUCAACUGGACGCACUGAAUCCGUUGGACGCAAGUUGGAGUUUGGCGCCAGCAUGAGCCACUCGGCGCAGUCGCUGCUGCGUCGCACUUCGGAGAGCGACACUUCGACGCGUCGUCGUCGCACUGUCACCGCCGAUGAGCGCAGACGCAGCUCGCGUAAUUUGGAAAAGUGCAUCAAGCUUAUACCAGCUACUUCGUCGUCCAGUGGCGAGGAGUCUGAGGAUGGCGAGCAGGAAAUGCGUUCGCUGCUGCAGCAAAGUCGCGAUCGCUUGGAGGAUACGCGUGCGCUCAAGAUUCGUUGUCAUCUGCUUAGACCAGAGGAUUAUCACGAGAUUAUCAACACUUGCCGUGACAACAUUCGCUGCCUGGAGGCCGUGCUACGUGGACCGCCGGGCACGGUGCUGUCGAGCCACUGCGCCGGGCAGACAAAAGAUCUGUUGGCAGCCUGGGAGGAUUUGCUUAACUGGAGCGAGAAUGCAGCUGCCGCACGCAAUCUGCAGCAGGAGAUGAGCGCACUGAAGCAUUCACUGCGUCGCCUGGGCGAUAAAUGCACACCCGAGCUGCUGGACACCGAGCCGGCCAUACAAAUCGCAGUCGAGGCGCUCAAGCAAGAGCAAGCGCAGCUUAGCAGCUAUCGCACCAACAUGCUACGUCUUAAUGCUUCGGUGCAUAGCUGGUUGACACGCCAGGAGCGUCGUCUGCAGCAGGAGCAGCAGCUGCAACAAGAGUCCGAACAACUUUUACACAAGGAAUUGAGCAAGGAGCAGCAAGAAGUGGGCGCAGCAGCGGGCGUGGCCAUUACAGUUACCGAUAGCAAUGGCAAUCAGCUGAUGGAAGCGCUGCCAGCUGUAGCCGAAGCUGGCACCAGCACCAGCAGCUGCGAUGUGCACAAUUUGCUCAGCGCCGAGCAGGAGUUCCAUCGUCAUCUCAAGGAUGAGGUCAGCGACAUGUACAGCGCCUGGGAUGAGGCGGAUGGCAGAAUCAACUCGCAGCUGGAGAUGCUGACCAACUCAUUGAUUGCCUGGCGUCAGCUGGAGUGUGGGCUAAGUGAGUUCCAGCUCGCGUUGGGACAAGAUCGCGGCACACUUAAAGGUCUGGAGGGUGCUUUGGAUAAGGGACAAGCCACCCCAGUGGAGCUGGCGCAGAAUGUGAAGCUGGUGGCCAAGCUGCUGUCCGAGAAGGUCAAUGUCAGCCAGGAGCAGCUGCUGGCCGUGCAGCAGCAUUUGGAUCCCAAUCACAUUUAUCACAUUGCCAAGUUCACAGCCUCGAAUGGCUCGCUCUCGGAUUCAGGCAUCUCUGAUGGUGGCGCCACCUCAGAUGGUGGCCUGUCCGAGCGUGAGCGUCGCCUGGGCGUGCUCAGACGUCUGGCCAAGCAGCUGGAGCUGGCCUUGGCGCCAGGCAGCGCAGCCAUGCGUUCCAUAGCUGAGCGCAUGGAAAGCGCCGAGGCGGAGCUCAAGCAAUUGCAAAAUACUUGCCGUGAGCUGAUUGUGCGCACAGCUGCGUCGCAUCAACAGAAGCAGCAGCAGCAGGCGGAGCAGCAGCUGGCCAAUGGGCAUGCCAAGCAGCCAAAGGCAGCAGCAAAGUCUACGCCGCCGCCAUCGCCAAGCAAGCGUCGCAAUGGGCGCAAGCAGAAGCAGCUGAAGAAGGAGCAGGAGCAGCAAGUGGUGGAGCAGCUGCAGCGCAUUGUGGCUACCGGUGCUGGCGAUGAUCCGCCCGAGGAUCCCACUGGCGAUGCUGCGCUGCUGGACAGCUCCGAUGAUGAUGAGGCUGAGACAAAGGCCAAGCCACGCGGUUGGGCAUGGCGCAUUGCGCGCGCCGCAGUUCCAAUGCAAUUGGCGCUGUUCACUUUCUUCUGCGCCGCCUGCAUGAUGCAGCCAAACUGCUGCGACAAUCUGAACAAUCUGUCCAUGAGUUUUACGCCUCAGCUGCGCUAUAUACGCGGCCCGCCUCCGAUUUGAGCGGCACGCGCUGCGUUUUUAUCUAACUAAUUUACGAAUAUGAGUAAGGAGUAACUUAAGCAAGAGCUCUCGGCAGCCGAGAGUUGCAAUCAAAACGGGCAACGCCACACAGAGAGAGAGGCGACCUGUUCCUCCCCCGCCAGGACGCGCGGCUAGGACGCAGCAUCAAAGGAAGCGCAUCAAAUGUCCUUUUGCACUUGGGAGCAAUCAACGCAGUUUAUACUUUAAGGAUAUGCAUACAUAUAUUUUGAUUUGAGUUUUUUGAGUUUAUUUGAAAUAUUUUCUUAGAGAUCUAGUUGCGGUUUUUAACUGAGAGAACGCGUUUAAAAGUUAAGCCACAGUUUAAACAGAGAUCAAUUUCAAUACUUAAACUGCCCCAGCAAGUACUUAGAAUGAGCAAAUGUCGCAUGACCCAUUUAUGGAACAAACAAAUUAAUUAUUUUAAUGCAUUAAUUUCUGUGUAAACUUUUAAGUUUGAAAACACGUCAAGGCAAUGGAAAUCAAAGAGAGAGAGAGAGAGAGAGAGAGAGAGCAAAGCAUAUCGAGCAAGGCCACAUAGCAAACAGAAGCUAAGCCCACAAACUAUGAAGCGUCCUCCCAAUCCCAAAUCGGGACAAGAGGAUAGCAACAGCAACAUACUUAAUCCAGUUGAGAAUUUAGAGAGUUUCUAUUUUUAUAUGCAAAACAAUUUAUAUAGAGAGUGAUGUGAGCAAUGGAAUUUAUUUUUGUCCAACCCGAAGCUCGAUUUAAUCAGUUUUAUGUCUAUUAUAUUAAUAGGAUAAAUUCGUAUACAACAACAGAGUUCUUAUUCUUACACUUAAUUUGGCAACACAGCAAUUAAAUUAUAAACUCUACUUUUAAGUUUUCGUAUUUCAUGUGCGUUUUUCACAAGAAAACUAUAAAAAAAAACUUCUAUAUGAAAA